AUGAACGCAGUGUCCACUCGGAUGUACUUGACACUCAUGUUCCGUGUGAAGGGUUCCUGCCUGGUCAAACCCUCGGUCUGCCUGGCCCUGCUAUGCCCUGCCUUCCUGGUGGUCGUGGUCCGCGUGGCUGAGUACCGCAACCACUUGUCGGACGUUCUGGCUGGCUUUCUUACCGGGGCAGCCAUCGCCACCUUUCUGGUCACCUGUGUCGUGCACAACUCCCAGAGCCGGCUGCCUUCUGGCCGAAGGCUCUCCCCCUGGGAGGACUUGGGCCAAGCCCCCGCCAUGGAGAGCCCCCUCGAAAAGUUUAGUGUGGCCCAGAAACCCGAGGCCUGCAGGCCGCAUUGGACACCGGCACGGCUCACCCCACCCAAGCCGCAGAAGUGCACCCGCCAUGGCCACCUGAUCCCCAGCUGCGUGUCCUCCAGGGCUCCAGCCAUGUGUUCGUCGCCCUGUGUGCCCCACCCUCGGUUGAGGUCUGAGCCGACACCGCUGCCCCUGCCUGUGCCUGCACCAGCUCCCAGCCAGGGCCCCUCACCCUCCUCCCCGGGGCCUGGGGGGCCAGGUGGGGGAGGCGGACGUGGUCGGAAGCUGCUGCUGCCCACACCUCUACUGCGGGACCUGUACACCCUGAGCGGACUCUACCCCUCCCCUUUUCACCGGGACAGCUUCAGCCCUUACCUAUUUGCCAGCAGUGACCACCUGCUGUGAGGCCCCACCACCCACCCAGAACCUACCCGCUCCCCGUUUUUCCCCUGCUAUGCGUGUGUGUGCGUGUGCCGUGUGAGUGCCAAAGCCCCCUGUCCCCAAACCAGCCAGGCAAAAGGUAUCAGUGACUGGCUGGAAGGACAUUAGGGGGACCCUCCGCCUCUCUUGUCCUCCGGGACCAUCCAAGGGGCAUAACUAGGAGGUGGGCUUCUAGGGUGGCUCCUUUAAGGGCCAAAACCUGACCCUAUUGGCAACUGCCAGCCAGUGGGAACCCCCAGUUCUCAGAAUUCUAACCAAAAGGACUUUACUUCAGCCAAUGGGAACCUGCCCCGUCAAUUCUUAGAAUCUCAGGCAGAGGGCAACUCCAGGCAGUGUUCAGCGUCUGAACAACCAGUAGGAGUCCUUGGUUUUCAGAAUUUCUAAGGUGGGUGGGUAUGAUUCCAGUCAAUGGGGGACCGCCAACGUCGUAGCACGUGCCAAGGAGAGGAGGAAGGUGGGGUCAUCCUUUGUCACUGGGUCUUCUCAGAAUGAGAAUGCUCAGCAGGAGGGUGGGGGCAGGCUCCCCCGCGGCAGGGUCCUUGGGGCACCUAUUCCUGUCUCAGCCCCACCCCCAUGUGCAACCUCUCACUGAGUCCCUCCUAACUCCCUACUUACGCAGGGCUAGCCCCAGUUCAGAGGUUUUUGGGGUUCAGGGUGCUGUGCUUCCCCUUGCCUGAGCCCGGGUCACUGUAAACCCUUCUGUUAGUUAUUAGGGCUGUGGGAAGGGGCCUCUUUUUCCUGGAACCCACCCCUGUUCUCCACACCGUUCCCCAUGCCUCAGCCUCAUGCAGAUGUGCCAUUAUAGAGGACAUGGGUGGAGCAGAGAGGGCUCCCCCUCCUCGGGCAGCCAAAGGCACUGGGCAGAGGAGACACUGCCCCCGCUUUCCUGCUCCCUCCUCAUCUUUAAUAAAGACUUGUUUGUA